CCCGCGGCAAUUCGCAGGAGCCUCAACCCCGCCCCCGCCCGCGCCCGCCAAUUUCCCCCUCAAAAGCACCUUAUAACCAGCGCGCAGAUCCCAUCCCCUCUCCCAAAUCCAAGCCAUCCCCGCCGCCGCCCGCCGCCCACCACCUCCACCGCCCACGAAAUCUUCUUCCGGAAGACGCGCGAGCCCCGCCGGAGACGAGAGGCAUGGACGCCAAGUCGGUGACGCCGGGCGCCGUGGCCCUCAUCCUCGCCAACCCCACGCCGGCGUCGCCCGACGACGUGCCGGAGAUCGUCGUGCAGGUCGUCGACCUCAAGCCCAUCGGCUCCCGCUUCACUUUCAUGGCCAGCGACGGGGAGGCGAAGGUCAAGGCGAUCCUCUCCACCCACUUCGCGUCGGAGGUCCACUCCGGCAAGCUCCAGAACCUGGGCCUCGUCCGCAUCCUCAACUACACAUGCAACGACAUCCCACAAAAGACGGACAAGAUGGUGAUUAUCACCAAGUGCGAGGUCGUGUCCCAGGCGCUUGAUGCCGAGAUCAAGAGCGAGGUCAAGAUGGAAGAGCCAGCGGCUCUCAUGAAGCCCAAGGAGGAGGCUGCGGUCCUCUCCAAGCCCAUUGGCGUGGCCCCGGCUGCGAUUAUGCUGAAGCCGAGGCACGACGUGAAGUCCGCCUCCCAGAUUGUUAGCGAGCAGCGCGGAAAUGCUGCUCCUGCUGCUCGCUUGGCCAUGACGAGACGGGUGCAUCCUCUGAUCUCCCUCAACCCCUACCAGGGCAACUGGGUCAUCAAGGUGCGGGUCACAAACAAGGGCAACCUCAGGUCAUACAGGAAUGCCCGUGGAGAAGGCCAUGUCUUUAACGUAGAGCUCACUGACGAGGAUGGCACCCAGAUCCAGGCCACCAUGUUCAAUGAGCCCGCAAAGAAGUUCUAUCCCGUGUUUGAGCUUGGGAAGGUCUACUACAUCUCCAAGGGGUCGCUCAGAAUUGCAAACAAGCAGUUCAAGACAGUCCAGAAUGACUAUGAGAUGACCCUGAGUGAGAAUGCUGUUGUUGAAGAAGCUGAGGGAGAAUCUUUCAUUCCGCCAGUGCAAUACAACUUUGUCAAGAUUGAUAUGCUGGGGCCAUAUGUUGGUGGCAGGGAGUUAGUAGAUAUCAUUGGUGUUGUUCAGAGUGUAUCACCUACUCUGAGUAUCAGAAGAAAGAUUGACAAUGAGUCAAUCCCCAAGCGUGACAUUGUUGUUGCAGAUGACUCGAACAAAACUGUCACCAUUUCUCUUUGGAAUGAUCUUGCCACCACUGUUGGUGAGGAACUCUUGGACAUGGUUGACUCUGCACCUAUCAUUGCAGUGAAGAGCCUGAAAGUAUCUGACUUUCAAGGUGUGUCUGUUUCUACAGUAGGCAAAAGCACACUUGUGAUUAACCCAGAGUUGCCUGAGACUGAGAAGCUUAGGGCUUGGUAUGAAUCUGAAGGCAAGGGUACUACCUUGACAUCAGUUGGUGCUGGAAUGGGUGCAUCCAACGCUGGUGGCUUGAGAUCAAUGUACUCUGACAGAGUUUUUCUGUCUCACAUCACAAGUGACCCUAAUUUGGGCCAGGAUAAGCCUGUUUUCUUCAGCCUGUAUGCCAACAUAAGCAACAUCAAGCCUGACCAGACCAUGUGGUACCGUGCCUGCACCACCUGCAACAAGAAGGUGACUGAGUCACUCGGAUCAGGAUACUGGUGUGAAGGGUGCCAGAAGAACUAUGAACAGUGCUCAUUGAGGUACAUCAUGGUGAUCAAGGUCUCUGAUCCCACUGGUGAGGCCUGGCUGUCUCUUUUCAAUGACCAAGCAGAGAGGAUCGUUGGCUGCAGUGCAGAUGAGCUUGAUCGGAUCAGGAAAGAGGAGGGCGAUGACAUGUUCCAGCUCAAGCUGAAGGAAGCCACCUGGAUUCCCCACCUGUUCCGCGUCAGUGUCGUGCAGAACGAGUACAUGGGAGUGAAGAGGCAGAGGAUCACCGUGAGGAGUGAGUCGCCGGUCGACUAUGCCGCUGAAGCGAGGUACCAGCUCGAGGAGAUCUCCAAGCUCACCUCCAGCUAGAAGAAGAUGCAAGAGGAGUAUGCCUGCUCCCCUUGAGGAGACUCCCAAGCUCACCGCCGCCUGCUGGAAGAAGAUGCAAGAGUAUUGCCUGCCUGCUCCCCUUGAGGAGAUAUGAGACAUCCAGGCUCACCGCUUUGCUAGAUGAAGCCAUGUUUUGGCCCCAAGUUUCCUGAAGUGUAGUGCUGCUUCAGCUGUGUCUUUCUGCCGUGUCGCUCCUCAAAUGUAGUGAUCACUUAAAAACGCUUUUGCUGUCCUGUGUUAUAUAUGUAGACGUUCGGUUUGGAGGACAUCGGAGUAUUCUUCUGUUCUAUCUGUUUGAUCUGCAAAUUCCUUCUCCAUCAGACAAGCAUGAAUGCAGAUCCACUGCUAGCUGAUGUUAAACAUAUGUUCUGAACAA